UUAUCUUGGAUUUGCGAGUGUCUAGAAAGCUAAAACAGGACUGUUAAAACUAUUUCUCAAAUAUUUGGUUGUUUACUGCCAUAGCAUUCUGCAUCAUGUCUUCAGACAUGAUAUGAACUAUUUGAUGAUUUAUUUAAAUGCAUAUUUGAAUAUUCUCUGCCAUCUCUGGGCGGGGCUUUAAAUUCACGAAAACGCAUUUUUUCACGCUUGACCUGACAUAAGCAGACUCCUUAGAAAAAAAGGUGGAAAUUAGAUUGAAUUUUUGUUGGAUAGUAUCGUUAUCAGAAUGGAUCAUACGGCAAUUGGAUUUGAACUUACAAAUGAUGCAGCUGUAGCAGGAGGAGGAAAGCAUGUUACUCAAAUAUCGUACAAACCUAUAGCUGAUACAACAGUAGCACCAGCACCAUACCAGGCACCUGUCCCUCCUCCUCAAGACGGUAACCUGUAUCCAGCAAUCGGGCAGCCGGCCCAACCCUCUCAUGCCAACCCUAUUGGAUUUGAAGAUACAGCUGCUCCAACUAAACCAAUUGGCUUUGAAAUGCAAGCUGUGAACAAUGAAGACAAUGGACCUACGGUGGUGAUCUCAGAGACAGUUCCACUGGAUAAUAAAAAAGGGCAGUUUGAAAGUGAGGCAUUAUUAGUUGACCCUAAUGACCCUGAUAAAGGGGUCAGAGUUCGAGCAGGGUCAUGGGAUCCACAACUAGAGGAAACCAUGUAUUUCGAUGAUGGUGUCCGGCGCAUUGACUAUGUGUUGGCAUUCGAGCCAGGUACCGCAGAUAAAGAAAACAGGGUUGCCAAGCGAGAAUACUUCCAGAAAGAGUUGGAAAGGGAAGGACUUCAGCUAGAGUUUGAAAAAGCUUUGGAAUCAAAGAGUGGGAAAGUAUCGUUUGUCAAAGUUCACGCCCCCUGGGAUAUCCUGGCUAAAGGUGCGGAAAUGAUGAACAUGAAGAUGCCCCUUGCACCGAAUGACAUGAACUUUGGGCCAAGCAGCAUAUUUGAUUGUAUUCCGACACCAUUUGACCUUGAUCAGAGCCUCAUGGAGGAAGAUGAUAAUUAUUUCACCGCACCGUUUAACAGAAAUCGUAUGGAGCAAUUGCUACAUAAGAGCCAUACAUCAGACUCGAGUAUUUGGUUUGUCAUUAAGGACAAGGAUUCCUUCUUUUCAAACUCUCAGAGAAGCAGAAUUGUAUAUGCCAUCUUAUCAAGAUCUUUCUAUGAGGAUGCUGAUCCCCAGAACCCUGCAAAACGUAGAUUUGGGAUCAAGAAAUUGUUGGCCAAUGGUUCCUACAGUGCAGCCUACCCUCUCCAUGAUGGGAAGUAUACAAGUGAACAUUCUAUUCUGACACGAGGAAAACGCAAUGACAGACAUCUACUGUAUGAACUGUGGGCAAGACCGAAGGCAUGGUACAAAUUUCAACCUCUUGAUAAAAUCAGGGACUAUUUUGGUGAGAAGAUUGGUAUAUAUUUUGCAUGGCUUGGAUUCUACACAACCAUGUUGGUACCAGCUUCCAUUGUGGGUUUGGUGGCGUUUAUCUACGGAUGUGCAACUCUGUUGGAUGAUACUAUCUCCAAUGAGAUCUGUGAUGUAAAUAAAGCUGGUAAUUUUACAAUGUGUCCGUUGUGUGACAACCGGUGUACGUACUGGCGACUGCAAGAAAGUUGUUCGUAUUCUCGAGCUACGUAUCUGUUUGAUAAUCCAGCUACUGUGGCGUUUGCAUGCUUCAUGGCUUUAUGGGCAUCAUUUUUCCACGACUUUUGGAAACGUAAGCAGAAUGAGAUAGAGUAUGACUGGGACACGGCAGACUUCGAGAUGGAGGAGGAAACUGUGAGACCAGAGUUUGAGAACAGAGUUAGAAGGAAAAGAGAAAAUCCAAUCAAUAAGAGGUUGGAGCCAUAUGUACCUAACUGGAGUAAAUGUUGUAGAUAUGGUACCACAGUUUCCAUAUUGCUCUUCUUUAUGGCAAUUGUGUUGGUUGCUGUGGUUGGUGUGAUCAUCUACAGGAUAGUGAUAGCAGCUGUUCUAUCACGGACCGGUCAAGAUGAUGUGAAAGGUCGAGCUGGUCUGAUAGCCUCGGCAACUGCAGCAUGUAUCAACUUGGUCAUCAUUUUCCUACUCAACUUUAUCUAUCAAAGGAUUGCUGAGGCACUGACAGAAUUAGAACAACAUCGUACAGAAUCGGAAUGGGAAGAUGCCUUUACCUUCAAAAUGUUCCUCUUCCAAUUUGUCAACUACUAUGCUUCCAUUAUCUACAUAGCUUUCUUCAAGGGCAGGUUUGUUGGUAGACCAGGAGACUAUGACCGUAACUUAUUUGGUUUCCGCCAGGAGGAAUGUGAUCCUGCUGGCUGUCUUAUUGAGUUAUGUAUACAACUUGGUAUUAUUAUGGUUGGUAAACAAAUCUUUGCUAACUUCAAGGAGAUUAUUUUACCUAAGGUGAUGGUAUGGUUUAAGUCUCGAAGUAUUGGUAAGGACAAGGAAGACAAAGUUUAUACUCACUGGGAACAAGAUUAUAACCUUGCUGAUCAACCAAAACUUGGACUCUUUGAUGAAUAUCUAGAAAUGGUGAUACAGUUUGGAUUUGUCACGAUCUUUGUGGCGGCAUUUCCCCUUGCCCCCCUCUGUGCUUUGAUCAACAACAUCAUUGAGAUAAGACUUGAUGCUUAUAAGUUCAUUACACAAUGGAAGAGACCACUGGCUACAAGGGCGCAGGACAUUGGUGUAUGGUUUGGAAUUCUACAGGGUAUUUCAGCUAUUGCUGUUAUUUCAAAUGCUGCAAUUAUUGCGUUCACGUCGGAGUUUAUACCACGUAUGGUGUACAAGUAUGGCUACAGCAAUGAUGGAACAUUAAAUGACUACUAUACCAACUUUAGUAUGUCAGUGUUUAACACCGCAGACUUUGAUGAAGAUGGUCUUCCGGAUGAAAUAGAACCACAGUUCGGAACGAACGUCACGGAAUGCUGGUAUCGAGCAUUCAGAAAACCACCUGGAGUCGAAGGCGAGUAUGAGUAUACCAUGGCAUUUUGGCACGUGUUUGCUGCUAGACUCGCGUUUGUCGUUGUGUUUGAGAAUUUGAUUGUGUUCCUUACAUGGCUGGUGAUGUAUCUAAUACCGGACAUGCCAUACCAGGUGAAGAUGCAAAUGUUACGUGAAAAAUACCUCGCCAAACAGGCUUUGUUCCACGCUGAGGAGCUGAAGGAGGCGAGGCCUAAAACAGAAUAAACUUUUAUACAUAGUGUACAAUAGUUAAAUCUAUAGUGGGGAGGAAAUAGACUAUAGUUUAGUUGUAUGUAGUAUGUCAAACUACUUUUAAAUGUUAUAUUAUAUAUGUAACAUCUAAAUAUAUAUUUCCUAUCAUGCAAAAUUUCUUGGUGUUUUAAAAAUAAUUACAAUCUGGAAGGUUGAAAUUCUGUGUUUUUUUGGUCAUACUGGACGUAGUAUCAACCUUGUUGUGAAAUUUUUAAAACCAGUGUUUAUUUGAUAUUACAUAGAUUUGAUAACUGCAAAAAGGAAUUGAUAAUUGAUAAGCAAAGAAAACUAAAGUAAAAGAAUGAAUUUAUGUAUGAUCAAAACAGUUGUGAGAAAUGCAAAGCAAUUUGGUGCCAAACUAUUUAAUGUACUUAAAAGUACAUGUUCUGUGUUGUGGUUUAAAUAUAUUAACAGUUUAUUGUUAUAAUCAGAAUUUUCUC